CAUGUAUUCUGAAUAAACCAUAUAUGAAGACGACCAUGACAUUCCCCCACUUGGUACACUCAUCGACGACGACUACCCUCCUCCCAACCCAUUCGACUGUGAGGAUCAUGAGUGUCAAGAGUGUUUCCCGCAAUUCUUCCCUGCCACCACGAGCAUUGGCAAUACAACCGCUCAGCAGACAAUGUCCGCUUUGACUGAGGUCACUCGAGAAAAAACGGCGUCGCUCAAGGCUGCACUGGCUGCCCAUACCGACUUUACCACUACCAGAUGGCGCAAGAAAUCGCGUGACGAACGUUUCAGAUUCUUGGAGGAGAACAGUACUUUGUACCCCAAGAAGUGGGCUGCUAUUCAUCUGCUCAACGCUGUGAACUAUCCUCUUAGCGAAGAGGAGCAUGUAUACCAUACUGGACCGACGCCAGAUGUCUUCGCACACUGCCUACAGACCGGAGAAAGGAAAGCAGUCCGGAGAGUUCCGCACCCUAGGGAUCCUGAAGGCGUAGCGAAGAGGUUUCGAGACACUUGGUUUCUGCCGUACGUUGACCCCGUUUCAUCUGUGUCACAAUAGGGAGCAUGCUAUCAUGGAUCUCUCUAGAUACCUCGACUUAGAGAUGCUGUCCGAAGAUCCCUUGCUGCUUUUCGGACUACUAUAUCAUCGCACCUCAAACGAACCAGAGAAAUGGUUGUCAUUCGACUGUUGUAAUUUUGUUCUAGCUGAGUGCUUUGGACC